AAAUCACAACACACUUUUCCCAUUAAUCAUGAUUAGUUAGGGUAAUUAAAUAAAUUAAAACAUAUAUAAAGGUGUUUGUGUAUAAAAUCUCGUUCUUGUCUCAUUUAGGCAAGGCAAAAAAAAAAAGAAUCCUCAUAAGGCAAAAGGUCAACCCGCCACCACUUUUCUUUUCGCCGGAAAAUGACGUCAAACAACGGAGGAGUAGGGUGGGAUGACAAAACCAGGUUGACAGGUCAGCAUCAAGAUGAUUAUGAAUUGGAGGAAUACAAGGGUGGUGGGAUCAGCGAGAUUGAAGAGUUUGAUCAUGUGAAGAUCAUUAAUGGUGGUGGUGGAAUAAUGAAGGGGGCGGCGGCGAUGGAAAUAAUAAGAGAAGAAGUGGAGGGGAGCGUUUACUCGUUCGGCGGAGGCGGAGGAGAUGACGUGGUGUACGUGGCGGUGGGGAGGCAGAGCGAGGAGACGAGCAGCAUGGGGGCCUUGAUAUGGGUGCUGGACAAUGUUGUCGUUCCUUCUUCUACGCUUCUUUUUCUCAUUCAUGUCUUCCCUGAGACCAAGUACAUACCCACUCCAUUGGGAAAGCUUCCAAUAAGCCAAGUAAACAGUGAGCAGAAGGAGAAAUAUAUGUCUAAAGAAAGGGCCAAGACUAGAGAUUUCCUCCAAAAAUUCAUUAACCUCUGUUCUCCUACCCAGGUAAAAGUGGAGACCAUACUAAUAGAAAGUGAUAUGGAGGCAAAAGCAAUACUGGACCUUAUUCCCAUACUCAACAUUAAAAAGCUAGUGCUGGGCUCAACAAAGUCUAAUCUAAGGAAGAUGAGGUCUAGGAAGGGCAAUAGUGGAGUACUGGCUGAUCAAAUACUGCAUAAUGCACCAGAGAUUUGUGAGGUUAAGAUUAUAUGUGAGGGAAAGGAAAUGUCUGAACUACCCCCGGAGUCCCCUUCUCCAUCUCCCUCACCCAGGGAAACUGAUCGUCCUCUUAAAUUUGCCCAGGACCAAGACCAACAGCAAAAGGAGACUAAUGACUCGGUUGCCUGUGGAUACAAGAACAAGAAAGAACAAAGAAAGAAGAUGAUCAUGGAUCAAGAAGUCACAGCUAUCAUUUUCUUGUCUGGUUGA